AUGUCUCACAGAAAGUUCGAAGCCCCACGUCAUGGUCAUCUUGGUUUCUUGCCAAGAAAGAGAGCCGCCUCCAUCAGAGGUAGAGUCAAGUCGUUUCCAAAGGACGACAAGUCUAAGGCUGUUGCUUUGACCUCCUUCUUGGGUUACAAGGCCGGUAUGUCCACCAUCGUCAGAGACUUGGACAGACCAGGUUCCAAGUUCCACAAGAGAGAGAUUGUUGAGGCCGUCACCGUUGUCGACACCCCAGCUAUCGUCGUCGUCGGCCUUGUCGGUUACGUCGAAACUCCAAGAGGUUUGAGAUCCUUGACCACCGUCUGGGCUGAGCAUUUGUCCGACGAGAUCAAGAGAAAGUUCUACAAGAACUGGUACAAGUCCAAGAAGAAGGCCUUCACCAAGUACUCCACCAAGUACGCUCAGGACGGCACUGCCAUCGAGAGAGAGUUGGCCAGAAUCAAGAAGUACGCCACCGUCGUCAGAGUUCUUGUCCACACCCAGAUCAGAAAGACCCCAUUGUCCCAAAAGAAGGCUCACAUGGCUGAGAUUCAAUUGAACGGUGGGUCCAUCUCCGACAAGGUCGACUGGGCCAGAGAACAUUUCGAAAAGACUGUUUCCGUCGACUCUGUCUUCGAGAACAACGAGAUGAUCGACGUCGUCGCCGUCACCAAGGGUCACGGUUUCGAAGGUGUUACCCACAGAUGGGGGACCACCAGAUUGCCAAGAAAGACUCACAGAGGUCUAAGAAAGGUUGCCUGUAUUGGUGCCUGGCAUCCAGCCCACGUCAUGUGGUCUGUUGCCAGAGCCGGUCAAAACGGUUACCACCACAGAACCUCCAUCAACCACAAGAUCUACAGAGUUGGUAAGGGUGAGGACGAGUCUAACGGUUCCACCUCUUUCGACAGAACCAAGAAGACCAUCAACCCAAUGGGUGGGUUCGUCCACUACGGUGACGUCAAGAACGACUUCGUCAUGGUCAAGGGUUCUAUCCCAGGUACCAGAAAGAGAAUUGUCACUUUGAGAAAGUCUCUAUACACCAACACCAGCAGAAAGGCCUUGGAGGAAGUCAACUUGAAAUGGAUUGACACUGCCUCCAAGUUCGGUAAGGGUAGAUUCCAAACCCCAGCUGAAAAGCACGCCUUCAUGGGUACUUUGAAGAAGGAUUUGUAA